CGGCGGAGGGCGGGAGGGAGGCAAGGAGGCGGCAGGCCCGGCCCCGGUCGCAGCGCCCCGGGCGGCUCCUCCUCGAGCCUGGGACCGCCGCGCUCCCGCCGCCGCCGCCGCGCGCUGGCGUGACUCCCGGCCCGCGCCGCGCCCUCCCGCGUCUGCGCCCGACUCGGCUUCCUGCCCGCCCAGACGUCGCCUCUCCCGGGCUCCCGGUGUCGGCUCCGCGCGGAGAGAGGAAAUGAGUGCGGCGGCCUCGCCGGCGCCCGAGCGGGGUUGGAAGAGCGAGAAACUAGACGAGGCUCAGGCCCUGGCGCGGAGUUGCGCCGCCCGCAGACCCGACUUCCAGCCGUGCGACGGGCUGUCCAUCUGUGCCACGCACAGCCAUGGCAAGUGCUUCAAGCUGCACUGGUGCUGUCACCUAGGAUGGUGUCACUGCAAAUACAUGUAUCAGCCUAUGACCCCUGUGGAACAGCUUCCAAGCACCGAGAUUCCUGCCAGGCCUCGGGAGCCCACAAACACCAUUCAGAUCUCAGUCUCGCUCACUGAGCACUUUCUGAAAUUUGCAUCUGUCUUCCAGCCUCCCCUGCCCCCUGACUCACCAAGGUACUGUAUGAUCUCAGACCUCUUUAUUGACAACUAUCAGGUUAAAUGUAUUAAUGGGAAGAUGUGUUAUGUGCAGAAGCAGCCGGCGCUACAUUCCCACAAAAUGAGCCCUGAGGAGGUCUCUGCACACGAUGCCUUAAUUUCAAAAGAGAGCAAUACACCAAAAAUAGAUCACUGCUCUUCUCCCUCAAGUUCUGAAGACUCUGGGAUCAAUGCGAUUGGGGCCCACUACGUGGAAUCGUGUGACGAGGACACAGAAGAAGGAGCAGAACUGAGUUCAGAGGAAGAUUACAGUCCAGAGAGCAGCUGGGAACCGGAUGAGUGCACCCUUCUCUCCCCCUCGCAGUCUGACCUGGAAGUGAUUGAAACCAUAGAAACGACCGUGUGAGAGUCCAGCCAGGAAGCCACAGCCUGGGACCACGCCCAGCUUUUGUACCUCUGUCUGAUGGAUCCUUUUUUCCAAUGAUAUUUUCUACCCACCCCACCCCCCAACAACUGUAGCAGUUUGGUGGUAUGCUGAUUAGCUUCUCUCAGUCUUACAACUAAGACAUUUUUUAUUAUAAAUGGUUUUCUUUUAUAUCUUGACUUACUUUCUAUGUAGCAUCUGGUGUCAUGAAUUGUGACCCAGCCUUAAUUUCACUGGGAGAUUUGAAGGCAGUGAAGCGAUGAUCACAGAGUAUCUUGGAUCAGAUUGAGGAGGUGCCCAAGGGAAGGAGCCAAGGUUUUCUCAAUAGCCAUUCCUUCCAGAAAGACUCUUGCCAUUCCUUUUGACGUGUUCAUGAGCACCCCUGUCCUGUCCUGCUUGUCCUAUGCAGGCAGCAGCUCCCUUGGGGAACAGAGCGUGCACUGGUAGCCGCCGUUUCUUCCCUUUCCCCUUCUCCCUACACCUGCACUGGGUCUGGACCAGAGCUGCCUUGGCUUACUUCUAGGAGAUCACUGGAGGCCAGCUCAGCCCCUGCUUUGUGGCCAGUGUCUGUACAAGGCUCCAUGACUGAGGUUGAGCUAAACGUUCACGUGAGAAGAGAUGACCUCAUCCGCCUCAUGCCCAGUCCAGCUUUAGCUGAGCACCUGUCCCCUGCAGGGUGCUGUGGGGACACCGCACAAAUAAGACCUGAUUCUCCCCCCAUGAAGGGGCCCACAGUCCUACAUAUGACACAUUCAACUCACAACACCCAGAAAGCUCUGGGAACCCAGGGGAAGGAAGAGAUUGACUUGGCUUG